GAAGGUAAGGCAGUAAAAAGAAAGUCCCCUCCAAAACGUUUCUUACCAAACCAUGAACCAGACGGCGAAGGCAGAGGCGGAGGCAGAGGCAGAGGCGGAGACAGUAAGAAAUAAGAACAUCACUUUCUCUCUCAUCUACCCCACUCACCACGCCUCUGCUUCUUUCUCAACACCUUCCUUCCCCUUUUUCUCUCUCUAACUCUCUGUGAAACCUCUUCACUGAUCACAACCCUUCAAUGGAAUCCUCUUCAGUUUUACAAGAAAACCCAUGUCCUUCUUCUUCUUCUCUCCUUCCUUCUCCAAGUAGCCGCAUGACUCACAGUACUACCAGCAGUAGCAGCACCAGCUAUGGACUCCAACAACUCAUGCCUCCACCGCAUCACUUGCACUCGCCCAAACCCAUCACUCGAUCCGAAUCUGUUAACCCUUACCCCACUACCUUUGUUCAAGCUGAUACCUCUUCUUUCAAGCAAGUAGUUCAAAUGCUCACUGGAUCCCCUGAAACCGCCAAGCAAGCCUCUGUUAACCCUGCUGCUGCGCCUUCCAACUCUGAUUCUGUGUCCAAAACGCACAUUCCGCCUAUUAAAUCUUUACCCAAAAGGCAGCAAUCUGGAUUCAAGCUCUACGAGCGUAGGAACUCUAUGAAUAAACUUAAAAUUAACCCGGUGUUUCCCGUUUUCGGUUCCACUACUCAUUCGGGGUUUUCUCCGAGGAAACCUGAAAUUCUUUCUCCGAGUAUUCUGGACUUUCCGGCGCUCGCUCUCAGUCCUGUCACGCCGCUGAUUCCCGACCCGUUUGAUCGAUCUGGGUUGGCGAAUUGUAGCUACUUGAAGAAUGGGAAUGCUAAGUUGGAUGCAGAGGCGGAAGAGAAAGCGAUUAAAGAAAAGGGGUUUUACUUGCAUCCAUCGCCGACCACCACUCCUCGUGACUACGAGCCUCGGCUGUUGCCACUGUUCCCAAUGACAUCUCCUAGAGUGCCAGGUUCAUCAUCCAUUUCAUGAAUUGCUCUUUUCUUUUCCUCUAAGGAUUUUGGGAUUUUCAAUUUUAUAUGUUGCUGCUGGGUGAUGGCAUUUGAUGAUAAUCAAAAGGAGGUGAGAGUGGUAAGGCUUGUAAUGAUAUAUUUCAAGAGAGUGAUAGAUUGUUGCUUCAAUUACAAAAUUUGAUGUUCUGUAUCCUUUCUUAUGAAAAAAGGAAUAAAACUUAGCCCCAUUUUCUCCCU